AUGCCGCUGCCGCCGCCGCCGUUGCUGCUGCUGCUGCUGCAGGCUCUUGGCUUGGAAAAUCAGGACCCUUCACUGGUGGACGGCCGCGGGGACAGCGAGCUGCCCACAGACAGCGUGAGCGUGUCUCUGGAGGCUCACCGGGCGAUCCUGCGCCUUCCCUGCCCGUCCACCUCACGGGGUGCCCUGCCGCUCUUCCAGGUCAGUCUGAAUGACUCCCACAAUCAGAUGGUGGUGCACUGGGCUGGAGAGAAAAGCAACGUGAUUGUGGCACUGGCCCGAGACAGCCUGGCCUUGGCGAGGCCCAAGAGCAGUGACGUGUACGUGUCUUACGACUACGGGAAGUCCUUCAACAAGAUUUCGGAGAAACUCAACUUUGGUGAGGGAAAUAACACGGCAGCUGUCAUCGCCCAGUUCUACCACAGCCCUGCAGACAACAAGAGGUACAUCUUUGCCGACGCUUAUGCCCAGUACCUGUGGAUCACAUUUGACUUCUGCAGCACCAUCCAUGGCUUUUCCAUCCCAUUCCGGGCUGCUGACCUCCUCCUCCAUAGCAAGGCCUCCAACCUUGUCCUGGGCUUCGACCGGUCUCACCCCAACAAGCAGCUAUGGAAGUCGGAUGAUUUCGGUCAGACCUGGAUCAUGAUUCAGGAGCAUGUGAAGUCCUUUGCUUGGGGAAUCGACCCCUAUGACAAGCCAAACACCAUCUACAUUGAACGGCACGAGCCUGCGGGCUACUCCACCGUGCUCCGCAGUACAGACUUCUUCCAGUCCCGGGAAAACCAGGAAGUGGUCCUGGAAGGAGUGAGAGACUUCCAGCUUCGGGACAAGUAUAUGUUUGCUACAAAGGUGGUGCAUCUCCUGGGCAGUCAGCAGCCCUCUUCUGUCCAGCUCUGGGUCUCUUUUGGCCGGAAGCCCAUGCGAGCCGCCCAGUUUGUCACAAGGCAUCCUAUUAAUGAGUAUUACAUUGCGGAUGCCUCUGAGGACCAGGUGUUUGUGUGUGUCAGUCACAGUAACAACCGCACCAACCUGUACAUCUCAGAAGCAGAAGGGCUGAAAUUCUCCCUGUCCCUGGAGAACGUGCUGUAUUACAGCCCGGGAGGGGCUGGCAGCGACAGCUUGGUGAGGUAUUUUGCAAACGAGCCGUUUGCCGACUUUCACCGCGUAGAAGGGCUGCAAGGGGUCUACAUCGCCACGCUCAUCAACGGCUCUAUGAAUGAGGAGAACUUGCGGUCCGUCAUUACCUUUGACAAAGGGGGGACCUGGGAGUUUCUUCAGGCUCCGGCCUUCACAGGAUAUGGAGAGAAAAUCGAUUGCGAGCUUUCCCAGGGCUGUUCCCUGCACCUGGCCCAGCGCCUCAGUCAGCUGCUCAACCUCCAGCUGCGCAGGAUGCCCAUCCUGUCCAAGGAGUCGGCGCCGGGGCUCAUCAUCGCCACCGGGUCAGUGGGAAAGAACUUGGCCAGCAAGACCAACGUGUACAUCUCCAGCAGUGCCGGAGCCAGGUGGCGAGAGGCACUUCCUGGACCUCACUACUAUACGUGGGGAGACCACGGGGGCAUUAUCAUGGCCAUAGCCCAGGGUAUGGAAACCAACGAGCUAAAGUACAGCACCAACGAGGGGGAGACCUGGAAGACGUUCAUCUUCUCCGAGCAGCCCGUGUUCGUGUACGGCCUCCUCACAGAGCCGGGGGAGAAGAGCACUGUCUUCACCAUCUUCGGCUCCAACAAGGAGAACGUCCACAGCUGGCUCAUCCUGCAGGUCAAUGCCACGGACGCCUUGGGGGUUCCCUGCACAGAGAAUGACUACAAGCUGUGGUCCCCGUCGGACGAGCGGGGGAAUGAGUGUCUGCUGGGACACAAGACGGUUUUCAAGCGGAGGACCCCCCACGCCACCUGCUUUAAUGGAGAAGACUUUGACAGGCCCGUGGUCCUGUCCAACUGCUCCUGCACGCGGGAGGACUACGAAUGUGAUUUUGGUUUCAAGCUGAGUGAAGAUUUGUCCUUAGAGGUUUGUGUUCCGGACCCGGAAUUUUCUGGAAGGUCCUACUCCCCUCCCGUGCCUUGUCCUGUGGGCUCCACUUACAGGAGAACGAGAGGCUACCGGAAGAUUUCUGGGGACACGUGCAGUGGAGGAGACGUUGAAGCCCGGCUGGAAGGGGAGCUGGUUCCCUGCCCCCUGGCAGAAGAGAAUGAGUUCAUCCUGUACGCCAUGCGCAAGUCCAUCUACCGCUACGACCUUGCCUCUGGAGCCACGGAGCAGCUGCCGCUCUCGGGGCUGCGCGCGGCUGUGGCCCUGGACUUCGACUACGAGCACAACUGCCUGUACUGGUCUGACCUGGCCCUGGACUCAAUCCAGCGCCUCUGUUUGAACGGGAGUACGGGACAGGAAGUGAUCAUCAACUCCGGCCUGGAGACAGUGGAGGCCCUGGCCUUUGAGCCCCUCAGCCAGUUGCUGUACUGGGUGGAUGCUGGCUUUAAAAAGAUCGAGGUAGCCAAUCCAGAUGGUGACUUUCGACUCACAAUCAUCAAUUCCUCUGUGCUCGACCGGCCCAGGGCUCUGGUCCUCGUGCCCCAAGAGGGCGUGCUGUUCUGGACCGACUGGGGUGAUCUGAAGCCCGGCAUCUAUCGGAGCAACAUGGACGGCUCCGCUGUGCGUCGGCUCGUGUCGGAGGACGUGAAGUGGCCCAACGGCAUCUCGGUGGACGAGCAGUGGAUCUACUGGACCGACGCCUAUCUGGACUGCAUCGAGCGCGCCACCUUCAGCGGCCAGCAGCGCUCGCUCAUCUUGGACAACCUCCCGCACCCCUAUGCCAUCGCUGUCUUCAAGAAUGAGAUCUACUGGGAUGACUGGUCGCAGCUGAGCAUCUUCCGAGCGUCCAAAUACAGCGGCUCCCAGAUAGAGACCCUGGGCAGCCAGCUCACGGGGCUGAUGGACAUAAAGAUUUUCUACAAGGGGAAGAACACGGGAAGCAACGCCUGUGUGCCCAGGCCUUGUAGCCUGCUCUGCCUGCCCAAAGCCAACAACAGCAAAAGCUGCAGGUGUCCAGAGGGCGUGGCGAGCAGCGUGCUCCCGUCUGGGGUCCUCAUGUGUGAGUGUCCUCAGGGUUAUCAGCUGAAGAACAACACCUGCACCAAGGAAGAGAACACCUGUCUUCGCAACCAGUAUCGCUGCAGCAACGGGAACUGUAUCAACAGCAUUUGGUGGUGUGACUUCGACAAUGACUGUGGAGACAUGAGCGAUGAGCGGAACUGCCCUACCACCGUCUGUGACGUGGACACCCAGUUCCGGUGCCAGGAGUCGGGGACCUGCAUCCCACUCUCUUACAAAUGUGAUCUUGAGGAUGACUGUGGAGACAACAGUGACGAGAGGCACUGUGAGAUGCACCAGUGCCGGAGUGAGGAGUACAACUGCAGCUCCGGGAUGUGCAUCCGCUCCUCCUGGGUGUGCGACGGAGACAACGACUGCCGAGACUGGUCUGACGAAGCCAACUGUACCGCUAUGUACCACACCUGCGAGGCCUCCAACUUCCAAUGCCACAACGGGCACUGCGUCCCCCAGCGCUGGGUGUGUGACGGCGAUGCGGACUGCCAGGACGGCUCUGACGAGGACCCAGCCAACUGCGAGAAGAAGUGCAAUGGGUUCCACUGUCCAAACGGAACGUGCAUCCCAUCCAGCAAACAUUGUGACGGUCUGCGUGACUGCUCGGAUGGCUCGGACGAGCAGCACUGUGAGCCCCUGUGCACACGCUUCAUGGACUUCGUGUGCAAGAACCGUCAGCAGUGCCUGUUCCACUCCAUGGUGUGUGAUGGCGUCAUUCAGUGCCGCGACGGCUCGGACGAGGACCCCGCUUUCGCAGGGUGCUCUGAUGGUCGUGGUAUGGCCUUGCUCACGGGGUCCUUGAUCUCUGCAGAAAACCCCACCGAGGCCCCCAGCUGUUCCCGCUACUUCCAGUUCCGCUGCGAGAACGGACACUGCAUCCCCAACCGCUGGAAGUGCGACCGCGAGGAUGACUGUGGGGACUGGUCGGACGAGCGGGACUGUGGAGAUCUGCACGUCCCGCCCUCCCCCACGCCGGGGCCCUCCACCUGUCUGCCCAAUUAUUUCCGCUGCAGCCAUGGGGCCUGUGUGAUGGACACGUGGGUGUGCGAUGGGUACCGGGACUGUGCCGACGGCUCGGACGAGGAAGCCUGCCCCACUGUGGCCAAUGUCACCGCAGCCUCCACCUUCACCCAGCAUGGGCGAUGUGACCGAUUCGAGUUUGAAUGCCACCAGCCAAAGAAGUGUAUCCCCAACUGGAAGCGUUGCGAUGGCCGCCAGGACUGCGAGCGCGGCCAGGACGAGGCCAACUGCCGUGAGUGCUCACAGGCCCUCGCGGUGGUUCUCCUCUCCUCCUCCUCCGGGUGGUGCUCCCUUCCUCCUCCGGAUGAGUUAACCGUGUACAAAGUACAGAAUCUUCAGUGGACAGCCGACUUCUCUGGGGAUGUAACUUUGACCUGGACACGGCCCAAGAAAAUGCCAUCUGCGUCUUGCGUAUAUAAUGUUUACUACAGGGUGGUUGGAGAGAGCAUUUGGAAGACUCUAGAGACCCACAGCAAUAAGACAAACACUGUGCUGAAAGUCCUGAAGCCAGACACCACCUACCACGUGAAGGUCCAAGUGCAGUGUCUCAGCAGGGCGUACAACACCAACGACUUUGUGACCCUCAGGACGCCGGAAGGACUGCCGGAUGCCCCUGGGAACCUCCAGCUGUCGGUUCACAGCGAAGCAGAGGGGGUGAUUGUCUGCCACUGGGCCCCUCCCGUCCACCCGCACGGCUUCAUCCGUGAGUACAUUGUGGAAUACAGCAGGACUGGUUCUAAGAUGUGGGCCUCCCAGAGGGCUGGCAGUAACUCUACAGAAAUCAAGGACUUACUGCCCCACACGUUGUACACCGUCAGGGUGUCUGCAGUGACUAGUCGUGGAAUAGGAAACUGGAGCGAUUCUAAAUCCAUUACCACCAUAAAAGGAAAAGUGAUCCCGCCGCCAGACAUCCACAUCAACAGCUACAGCGAGAAUUCUCUAAGCUUCACCUUGACCAUGGGCGGUGACACCAAGGUGACUGGCUACGUGGUGAAUCUCUUCUGGGCGUUUGACACCCACAAACAAGAGAAGAAAACCUUGAACUUCCCAGGGAGCUCGACGUCACACAAAGUUGGCAAUCUGACGGCUCAUACAUCCUAUGAGAUUUCUGCCUGGGCCAAGACUGACGUGGGCGACAGCCCCCUGGCAUUUGAACAUGUCACAACCAGAGGGGUUCGCCCACCUGCGCCCAGCCUCAAAGCCAAGGCCAUCAAUCAGACUGCGGUGGAGUGUGUCUGGACUGGCCCCAGGAAUGUGGUUUAUGGCAUUUUCUAUGCUACAUCUUUUCUUGACCUCUAUCGAAACCCAAAGGGCUUGACUACUUCGCUGCACAACAAGACGGUCAUUGUUGGUAGGGAUGAGCAGUAUUUGUUUCUGGUCCGAGUGCUGGUGCCGUACCAAGGGCCGUCCUCUGACUACGUCGUGGUGAAGAUGAUUCCAGACAGCAGGCUCCCACCCCGCCACCUGCACCUGAUCCACACAGGCAAAACCUCGGCCAUCAUCAAGUGGGAAUCGCCGUACGACUCCCCCGACCAGGACCUGUUCUAUGCCAUUGCAGUGAAGGAUCUCAUAAGGAAGACGGACAGGAGCUACAAGGUCAGAUCCCACAACAGCACGGUGGAGUAUACCCUCAGCAAGCUGGAGCCGGGGGGGAGGUACCAUGUCGUGGUCCAGCUGGGGAACAUGAGCAAGGACGCCAGCAUCAAAGUCACCACGGCUUUGUUGUCAGCACCUGAUGCCUUAAAAAUCAUAACAGAAAAUGACCACGUUCUUCUGUUUUGGAAAAGUCUAGCUUUAAAGGAAAAGCAGUUUAAUGAAAGCAGGGGUUAUGAGAUACACAUGUUCGACAGCGCCGUGAAUCUCACAGCUUACCUGGGGAAUACUACUGACAAUUUCUUUAAAAUUUCCAACCUGAAGAUGGGUCACAAUUACACAUUCACAGUCCAAGCGCGGUGCCUGGUGGGCAGCCAGCUCUGCGGGGAGCCUGCCGUGCUGCUGUACGAUGAGUUGGGGUCCGGUGGAGCCAUGGCAGCGGUUCAGGACGCCAGGCCGACGGAUGUGGCGGCGGUGGUGGUCCCCAUCUUGUUCCUGAUCCUGCUGAGCCUGGGCGUGGGCUUCGCCAUCCUCUACACGAAGCACCGCAGGCUGCAGAGCAGCUUCACAGCCUUCGCCAACAGCCACUACAGCUCCAGGCUGGGCUCUGCCAUCUUCUCCUCCGGGGAUGACCUGGGGGAGGAUGACGAAGACGCCCCCAUGAUCACAGGCUUUUCAGACGACGUUCCCAUGGUGAUUGCCUGAGCCGCUUUCCUCCCUCCAAACCAAAUGGUGUAAAUAUUUUAUUUGAUAAAGAUAGUCGAUGGUUUAUUUUAAAAGAU